AUGGCCUCCAUACGUCAUGAGUCUCUCGAUCGCGAGGACCGCGAGGAUGCCCCAUUCCUCGACUCCCCCGAUCUGAGCAACCCCGGUCCAGCACAUCGUCAUGUCCAUAGCAAGCCCAGUAUAGGCAGCCGCCCAGUGACGGCAAAUGCCUCCGCCAGCGCCAUCAGUUUCCGCCUGAAGGCGACCUUAUUCGCCAUGGUGCUUGCAGUUGAAAUCGGCUUCGCUUUCCUGGAGGGUCCAAUGGUCCGCAUCAUGGAGUCUAUCGCUUGUCGCCAGUAUUUUCUAGGUGUGGAUCCGACUAAGAUCGGCGUGGAUGGACAAGUGCCCGAGGCCAUGUGUAAGAUCGGCGAGGUGCAGGCUGAAUUGGCGGCCGUCAAAGGUUACCAUAUGUUCUUUGAUGGGUCACUGAGUGCUCUUUUGGCGAUUCCCUAUGGUCUGCUGGCAGACCGUCGUGGCCGCAAGUCUACACUCGCUUUAUCCAUCCCCGGCUUUGGGUUGAAUGCACUCCUCACGCUCGUUAUAUUGUGGUUUUCAGAUAUAUUUCCCCUACGUGCGCUUUGGUUUACUGCCUUAACGUGGGUAUUUGGGGGUGGUCCAGUGGUGUCUUUCGCAAUUAUCUGGACGAUGAUGGCUGAUGUAACCAGCGAGGCAGAAAGAGCGGGAAUCUUCUUUCAAUUUGCCAUCGUAUCGAUGGGCGCGGACUUUGCUUCCAGUGCUUUUAGUUCUUAUUUGAUGACCUUGAAUCCCUGGAUACCAUUGGUGAUUGGAUUCGGAAUUGUGAUGGCCGGCAUGAUGCUCAUCUUGGUGCUACCGGAAACGAAGCAUGCACUGCCACCCCGGAAAGCUGAACCAACGAAUGUUGAGCUGUCAGAUCUGACAGAUGACACUGAACCCAAGCGUUCUUUACAUAAUCUCAACGAACCUGAACCACAUCGCACAGAACCCGACAUGAACGGUGAUCAUGAGAAUGAACCGCCGUCUUGGAGCAUCCCAUCAUACUCCCACCAAUCUAUCCUGGCAAAGUUCCGCGCAAAUUACCGUUUCUACCUUAGACCAUACCGGUUUAUUCUCAACCGAACACCAGUCCUCCUGCUUCUGAGUGCGUUCCUGGUAUAUCGCCUGAGCCGAGGCUCAUCCUGGUUUUUGACCCAAUAUAUAUCGACACGUUAUUCAUGGACACUAGCACAGUCCAAUUUCCUAGUGUCUGCGCGCCCGACUGUGUCAAUCCCACUCUUCCUCUUCGGCCUACCUUUCCUCAAAAGCCGAGUUCUAAAUCCCCGGCUUUCUUCCACAGAAAAAGACCUGUGGCUUGCGCGGCGCAGUAUAUUUUGUCUUACAAUUGGAACCCUCGGGAUUGGCCUCUCCCCAAGCAUCGCGACCCUAAUCCCCAGCAUGAUCAUCCAGACUUCAGGAUCGGGCUUCGUCUUCCUUGCCCGCUCCAUCAUUACCACUUUGGUUGAACGUGAUGAGACGGCUCGCUUAUUUACCGCAAUUGAGAUUAUUCAGUCCUUGGGCAAUGUGAUUGCGAGCUUGUCCAUCACAACCGUCUUCCAGAUUGGACUGCGUCUGGGCGGCGUCUGGAUCGGUCUCGCGUGGAUGAUGACGAGUACGCUCUUCUGUUUGGUCGGAAUAGCUAUCUGGACUUUCAAACUGCCUCCAAGUCCUCCGAUACCGGACUUGGUGGUGGAUGAUGAUGACGGGGAUAACAGGGCGUAA